UCAUAUGACGUCUGAUGAUUUCAGUACAAGAGAAAGCGAAUCCGAGCAACAAUAACACAUUUACACAUCGGAUUUCACGCAACCACGUUUGGAUCCUCUAACUACAAAUACACGCUCAUACAGAAAGGCAUCUGUUGUUAGAGACCUGACGAGUGGGGAAGUGGAGAGUGGCUCUCGUGGUAUGACUACUACAAACAAGGGCAACAAAGCACUGAAGGUGAAGAGAGAGCCAGGUGAAAAUGGCACAAGUCUUACAGAUGACGAGCUGGUGUCUAUGUCUGUGCGGGAGCUGAACCAGCACUUGCGUGGUCUGACCAAGGAGGAAAUCCUGCAGUUGAAACAGAGGCGGCGCACACUCAAAAACCGUGGCUAUGCUGCCAGCUGCCGCGUCAAACGUGUCACGCAAAAGGAGGAGCUGGAGAAACAGAAGGCGGAGCUACAACAGGAGGUGGAGAAGCUUGCGUCAGAAAAUGCUAGCAUGAAGGUGGAGCUUGAUGUGCUGCGCUCCAAAUAUGAGGCUCUCCAGAGUUUUGCCAGAACUGUGGCCCGCAGCCCUGUUGCCGCUGCCAGGGGCCCCAUCACAUCUGUCAUAGGGCCCCUCAUACCAGGCAAAGUGGCCGCCACCAGUGUCAUCACUAUUGUCAAGUCUAAAACAGAAGCACGGUCGUAAUGCACAAACGGGGAACAUUUGUAAGUGUAUUGGUCAGUGUAUUCAUCAGGCACAGGGUUACUGAUGUUAUAUGACAUGAUGAAAUUCAGCAAGAUCUGAUCUAUGGCAGCAUUGUAACAGACAGCACCAAAGUUUCUCUGAUGUUAUUUACAACCCUUGUAAACAAUUAUCAAUGUAUCAUUAAUCAGAAUAUUACAUACUUGAGGUUCACACAGACAUUAUUAGAAACAUAUGCCAUGCAGUGGCUGUCAUGUUGAAUGACUUGGUCCAUGGAACACAAAAUUAGUUUUUGUGCUGCUUUUUUCUACACCGUUUCUAAUUGUUUUGAGAUUGACAUUCGCCAGUCAGUACAUACUUUCUAGUAUGUACUGACUGGCGAAUGUCAAUCUCAAAAAAAGUUUAUGUGCCAUAAAAGUAUCAUAAGAACAGUCACAAAAUAUUUUUAAACAAUCUGUGAUUAAACACAAAAGAAUUGAUGCCAUUUGUCAUCUGUCUUGGGGUGGCACAUUACAAAUAACAUGAGCAGAUUACUUUUUAAAUUAGCUAGUAAAGUAACACAUUACUUUUAAAUGUAAUUUACUUUUUUAAAUAAAUAUCACAAGUUACUUUCUCAUUUAUUCAUUAUCACUUGAGUGGGGAUGUUGAGUGAAAGGUCCUUAACAGUUACCAAAAAUAUAAAUUCUGGGUUUAAAAACAAAAAAUGUAAUUAAACAAUUAAUUCCCAUAAAAAGUAACUGUUACUGACAUCAAACCUGAUGCAGGAAGAGAAGGAGAGAUUGUUAAUGAGACUGUUAAUAGCUUGAAAUGGGGUGUGUUCCUUUUUAUAGAAAUAUUUUAAUACUUUUUAGGCCUGGACCGACAUGGCUACUGUAUGCCCUCACUGUAUGGAAAAGAGCAUGUUAAUUCUACUAAAUCUCAUUUUGUGUUCCAUGGAAGAAAGUUAAUCAUUCAUUUGGAUUGACAAUGAACAAUCCAAGCACAUAUGACUAACUUGAAAUGCCAGUUUUUAGCUCCAACUUGAGCUACCUGUGCUUGAUAUUGCCCACUGAUUAAUAUACAGAUGGGGAAAAGUAAAUAUAUUCACUAUUCUAUCAGAAAUGGCAGUGUUCCCUUAAUACAUAUGGAUCUUGUAAUUCACAAAGCGAGCAAAAAUUCUCUUCAGCCUAUUAGUUUUCUUUCCUGUUAAGUUCAAUUCCAUUAGUGGAAUGAUGUUUACAAGUUAUAUUCUGAGGAAUAUGACCAGGAGAGGCAAUAAACUACUGUAUUUUAUGCAUAGGAGAGCAGAGGCCCCGUUGAGUUGUCUGGCAGGUGAUGUUCAUCUUUUGCAGACAUGAAAGCCUUUUCUUAAAGAUAUACCACAGAGAGGAGGCAUUUACUUGUUUUUAGAAAAUAUUUGAAGUUGGUAAACCGUGUUGGUAAAACUGAUCAUUCUAGCUUUGUUCAGAGUUGUAGAGCUGUAGUUUUGUUGUUCUGUGCUUUGUGUGGAUGGGCUGGUCUCAGUUAAUUUUCCAGAAGCGACCCAACACAAGCUUUAUUGUUAACAAAUGCUCUCUGAUGUCUUUCUCCAUCUACUUUGUUGUUUUUCUUUCCUGAAUAAGAAAACAGAAAAAAAGUUAUUUAUAAGAACAAAAAAUAGUUUGAUAUCAAUUUUGCAAUUGUACCAAAAGUGGCUUAUUAUUGAAGUCUGAUUGCUUUUCUAGUAAGUAGGCGCGUGCAGUGGGGUAGCGCGUGGUGUGCUGUGUAUGUGGUCAGGUGGCAGUGUUGUUCACUGUGUAAGUGUCCAGCUGUAUUCUUUAAAUGAAUAUUAUAAAGUAAUAUAGACAGUGUACAGAAGCCAGUCGUUCAUAUUGGCUCCUUCCAUAUCUCUGUAAUGAAGAUGUCUUGCACUCAGAACAUCUGGGUUUUGUUGAAUGAUAUAAUUUUGGGCUUUACUGCAGCUAACUAUAACAAACCCAAUGUGACACUUCAUAACAGCCUGUCCUCCAAAAAAACGACCCUAUAGGUUGUAUGUGCAAGUACUUUAUACAACCUAUAUUUAACCUUUUAAUUUAAGCACCCUCUAUUAAAAAUAAUGAGAGUGUCACGUUGCCAAUCAAAACUCAAUCAAAAUGCAGUGUCUCACUGUAAUUAAAACAUAUAUUUUGAUGUGUACAAUUCGUACGAAUGACCACACCUAACUCCACACCUAAACGUACCCGUUACAAAAAAUCCUUCAAAAUCGUAAUAACAUAUUAUGAGCAUGUGCGAUCUCUGGUUUUAAUUCCAUGCACGCAUGAUCAAGUCUCAUCAUGUAACGCCAUGCUGAGAUAGUACAAAACUUUGUAGGGGUGGCACAAUUGUAGUAUAUGCUUUACAGGGUGGUAUUUCAGGGAUUUGUGUAAACAACCUAAACCGACGUAUUGUUUGGAGGACAUGUUGCUUCAUAAUGGUGCAUAGUCAGUCUGCGGUUUUCUUACAGCACAGGUGGUCGGGCAAAACACAAUUUAUCCUUAAUGUUUGAGGGCAACAAAAAUAGCAAGACCUGAAUUUAAAGUUGUGCUUUUGUUCCAAAUCCUAGUGAACUGUCUUUAUUUUAUGGCAUCAUAUAUGCUCUACCAACAUGAAGACUGUUGUAAAAGACACCAAAUAAGAAAGCAUGGCAUGGCAUGAAAGAUCAAGUGGCUAAUUCACUGAAAAAGAAAAGCAUCUAUUCUCCAAACCACUAUAUAAUAAAGUCAUUACUUUUUGACCAAAUAUACAGUAGAAUGUUACUUGAUUUGAUCAUAAUGUUAAGUGGAAGGGUUAAAAAUCAAUGUCAGUUGAACAGUUAAUCUGUUAUUACAACUAUUAAUCUGUUAUUACAGUUAUUACAAAUGUUUGUAUAUAAAUUACCGAAAGUAACCCAACAAUUGUUUGUGGUAUUUAUUUAUUCUUUGUUAGAUGUAUUGUUGAUUAAGCUUGGCAAUUAUCUAAUGUCAAACUCUAUUGAAAAUAGCUGCGAGUACUGUGUUUUAGCCGUUAUAGAAUAUUUUGGAUCAGUCACUUAACUCUAUUUCACUUCAGAUGCUGCCUACCGUAUGUCUACAAACAGCAAAGCUCACUAGGGUUUGGAACAGAGUAAUAAUAUUUAAUAAUAAGGUAAUUGUCUGUCAACCCUGUCAUCUCGCUCAUGUUCUUUAUCUGAUAGACAGAUGUUGUCUGUGGAUUCAGAACAGAACUACACACAGCGCAAAAAUGUUUUAAAUAAGCUUCACAAGAUUCCUCUGUGAGAGAUGAUCAGGGUAAGUGAAAUGCACUAAUGAAAUGGGCUUAUUUUGAUAUGCUCUUCCCUGUUGUUAUCUCAGGACAUAUGUUCGGUGUAAUAUGGGAAUAAAAAGCACCAGAAGUACUUCAACUUGUCACCCUGAUUAAAAAUCAGCUGAAUGGUUGUGAACAGAAUAUACAUAUAGUAUUGUGUAUGAACUGUUCGCUCAUAAAAGACUAAACAAUACACUGUAAGUAAUUUAUUCCCUUCAGACCAUCCCCUUAAACGUCAGUUCUAAUAAAAUGUUUUCACUCUUGUAUGCAAUAUAAAGCAUCAUAUAAUGUCUAUCAUUAUUAUUAAAUUAAAUGUGUAAUAAGCAGGAUGGUGUACAGACAGCGAAAUCAUCCCCUUCAAUGGUCUAAUCCUGAUCCGCUGGUGGGGCUUAUUUUAAAGUAAUGAAGACAGCUUUCAUUUAUGGAUGAACUAUUACUUUAAGGAGAAAUUAACACAUUGAAACUGAUUCACUGUGACAAGAAUGCACUGCCCUCUUACCUCAACUCCACCUCAUAAUGUAGAUUCAAGGCUAGAUUCUGAAAAUAUUUCUACCCACCAUCAGAAAAAGGUUUUGCUACAGUAAAUUAUGCAUCCCACAGUUGGAUGAUUGGUCUGUUCUCAACACAUCCACCCAUCUUAUGUUGUUUUGAAAAGCAGCUUUUUGGAGGUAUUUUAUCAUACUUCUUUUACACAGCACUUCUCUGUGGUGUUUAAUGUAGUUCUUGGAUAAGUGCCACACUGUACCCUUUUGUGCACAUAAAUUAUUGAUAUUCUUGACCAAUGAUAUUUGUGGUAGUUUGUAUUUUAGCACUAUUGUAAAAGGACUGCUGAGUAGAAAGAUAUUUCAGUGAGAUACAGUCACCACUGCAAAGCUAAAUGUGUGCUUAUUAGCUCUGUUCCGACCUUAGUUACCAUCCUAGUGCAUCAUAAGCACAUCCCUGAUUUAAAGGCUGUUCCAGCAAUCUGCUUUCCAAGGACAACCUUUUUUGGUCAAAUUCGAAGUUUUUGUUGCAUACGUAUAUCCUAUCUCAAAAUUAUCUUUUUAAAAAAUCAAAAAUGGCGGCUACAUGCGUAGAAAACAUAUGUUAAAAAUAAUAUAGAUAAUUCAAAUAAUUAUAUGAAUGUGGAUGCUUGGCAACAUUCUUAAGUCAGAAUCAAUUACUGUGUACACCUACUGUGAGAAGCACUAUCUCUUUUAUUGUAUCUAAUUUCUGUUACAUUUCAAGUAACAUGCCUCUGAAGCGCACUAAGGUUUGGGACAAAGCUAUUGUUAUUGUUACUAAUUAUGACUAUAUUAAUUUAAUUGUUGGCUAUGCAACAGGCAUUGUCAUUUGUUUUUAUAGAUCUUAAUUCAUUAAUGAAUCAAAGAGCUACUUUUUUCAGUCAGCACAUUAAUGGCAAUGUUAUCAAGUUUUAGGCUGAUAAUCCAUCCCUUUGUUUGUUUGCCGAGCAAGUGACUGUAAAGAGUUUUAUAUUUGGCACUAAGAGUAGUUCUUUGUCUCAGAUUUGUGGGUCAAUAAAAUAAAAAUAUGAAAUGUGAGUUUAUGAUUGGUGAACAUUGAUAGAAUAUGUUUUGGUUAUUUUUAUCAUUGGGUUGUAAUAAGAUAUAUUGCAGUGCUUUGUAUGAAACACCGUAACAAAAUGGGUGAAUUGUAACUAUUUAUUGAUUAAAUUGUUGUACUUUUUUGCAAUCUAGAUUGAACACUGUAUUCAUAUUUAAUGACUGUGGAUUUGAACCAUGCAGUUAAACAUUUUCAGAUGUGGCUAAGUUAUUGAUUUACUGUUGUACAUAAUGUAUGUUUUGUUGAAUUACAGCUUCUUUUAUUUUGUAUAUGACUAAUAAAAAUGUUUUGAGAAAGA